AGCGGAAGCGCUGGUCGGGGGGCGUUCUCUCUAGUCCCGGGCGCGAGUCCCAGACGCUGCGCAUGGAGGCGUCCAGCGAGCCGCCGCUGGAUGCUAAGUCCGAGGUCACCAACCAGGUGAGUGAAGCGGCCGCACCGCCCUGUCUUCCGCCAGCCCGCCUCCCACGGCCGCGAGACCGUGCCACCCUGAGCCUUCCCCAGCUUGUAGAUUUUCAGUGGAAACUGGGUAUGGCUGUGAGCUCAGACACUUGCAGAUCUCUUAAGUAUCCUUAUGUUGCAGUGAUGCUAAAAGUGGCAGAUCAUUCAGGCCAAGUAAAGACCAAGUGCUUUGAAAUGACGAUUCCACAGUUUCAGAAUUUCUACAGACAGUUCAAGGAAAUUGCUGCAGUUAUUGAAACGGUGUGAAGACGGAUUCUUUGGUUGAUAAAUUACUAUCAUUCUAAAGUCAUGGACUUCACUUUCUGCAACAAAACCAAAUAAGGAUAGAACAUUUAUUGAAUGGAAAAUGCACUUUUGUUUUUCCAUUUUUUUAAAUAAUAAAAAUCAGGCAAACAGGAA